AUGCCGUCUCCUCCCGGCCCCGGUGCAUCCCCUCGAGGCGGCCCUGCCCUCCUGUCUACGCCGCCUCCCAUGAACGACGAAGAGGGCCCCGAAACCGGGUUUGCUGGCGCUCCACCACCACCGCCGCUACGGCGGCCAGUGUCACCGCGAUCAGGAUCGGCUACCCAGCAGGAGCCACCGCCGCCGCCGCCUCCGCCGAGGAUGCCGUCGCACCCAGCAGCAGGCGGUGGUGAGGGGCCGGUCGAUGGCAACAAUGCCGGCGGUGGCGUUCCUCCUCCUCCUCCUCCUAGGAAAGCGCUGCCGGGAGCGGCUGGUUCCGCCGGUGGAUCUGCACCAGCAGCAGGAGGGCACGACUCCGCGAAUAACAACAUGUCAAUGCAAGGGGAUCUGCAGCAGCACCCCCCACCCCUCGCCCCUCCUGGCCGUCCCGGCCCCCCCCCGAUGAGGCCGAACAACAACAUGCCAAGCGGGGAUGGAGGUGGGCCUGGGAGAGGACCGCCGCCGCCGGGAGGAGUCGAAGCGGGGCGAGGCAUGCCGCCGUUCGGGGCUCGACCCCAUAUGAUGGGAGGAGGACGAGGGCCCCCGCCUCCACCCGGUGGCAUGGGUCCGGGGCCCGGGGACAUGGGCGGGCGGGGGAGCGGUAACAUGAGGGCGGGGCGAGGUGGCGACAUGGGAGGCCGGGGGCCUCCUCCCGGUAACUUCUCUCCCACCGGCAGGGGUGGGGGGAGAGGCAUGUUCCCUCGGGGAAUGCCGAUGAUGGAGCCCGGUGGUGACAGAGGGGGGGGGAGGGGGUCCCCGCCGCCACGCCCCGGGAUGCUGCCGCCUCGGCCCGGCGGCCCUCAGUCUCCACGAGAUGAAGCGGCCGGUCCACUCAGCGACCCUACUGGACCGCCAUCGGAUUCACCCGGAUCGGGAUCAGGUUCACCACGGCCUUGGUUUCCGCCGCCGCCGUCUUCGGGCGCGGCCGGGCCAGGGGCCCCGCCGCCGAGAAAUGCUCCUCCGCGACCCCCCCCCGGUCCACCGGCGCCCCCUUCGGACGUGAGAGCGCGGUCGCCGACCGCCGCCGGACCCAGCGCAGCAGCGGGAGAGGCGCCCGUGCCGCCAGGAGCCCCGCCGACGCUCCCUCCCAUGCUCGCUCGCCCGCCCAUGCUGCCUCCGCCGCCGCCUCCGCUCCCGCCCGGGAUGGCCGCGCCGCCGCCCCCACCGCCGCCGCCCCCACCGCCGCCGCCCUCUGGGUUGUUGGGGGCCCCGCCGCGGCCCCCGCUGCCCCCGGUGGGGAUGAUCCCGCCGCUCCCGCCGGGAGCGGCGCCUCCGCUUCCGCCCGGCCCACCGCCGGCCAUGCCCGUGUUUGCCGACGAUGGGAACUUCCUGUCCAAGAUGCUCAAGGAGCAAGAGGAGGAAGAUCGGAAGAAAAAGCUUAAGCAGGAGGAGGAGGACAAGAAAAAAGCCAUAGAAGAGGCUAAGCUGGAGAAGGAACGAGUGGCGCAUGCCAAGAGGGUGGCGGCGGAGAACAAGCGCUCCCGCCGGUACCAGCUCGGCGGAGGUUUCGGCGGGGGCCGGUCGAGGGCGGCGCGGCCCAAGAUGGGCAACGCGCGGGGUAAGGUGAUCAAGGCUUUCGUCGCGGACAGCGACAGUGAGGACGAGGACAGCGAGGAGGACGACGGUUCUAAGGAACCUUCUUCCAAAACCGACAGCGGGUCGGACUUAGACGAGGAGACUAAGAUCACCAUCAGGCAGACGGCGGAGUGGUUCCACGCUAACCCGGACAAGAGCAAGGUUAUCAUGGAGAAGAGCAGGGGGAAUGCGCAGUUCAGCUUCCUGUUUGAUGCGUCCUCGCCUGGGGGGCGCUUCUACAGACAGGUUUUGGACGAAAUCAAGACCGAGGAGGAGGUGAAGCGGGUAUGCAGCGGCUUCGGGGAGGCUAACGCCUCCGACUACGGUCCAACUCCCCAGGACGCCGGUAACGUCUACGGCCCGGGAGCCGGCCUCGCCGCCGCUGCCGCAGGCGGCGGCGGCGGCGCGGGAGGGGGUGGGGCUGCGGGCGGAGCAACCCCUUCGUGGGCGGCCACCAGCGUGGCGAAACCCGUCGCGACGGCCGCGGCGUUUGGGAAGGGGGGGGACGGGGGGGCGCCGGGGGGGAACGCGGCGCAGAUCGUUGCGCAGAUCUCUGCACAGGUGGCAAUGCGCUCGGCCUCCACAUACGGCCCCGCGCCGGUCGCGACCGCACGCCCUCGAAAGAAUCGCUGGGGGGCGGGGGCGGGCGGAGCGGCUGCGCCGGCGCCGGCACCGGCAGCAGCGGUCGAUGGAGCGGGCCGUGGCGGUCUCGGGUUCGGGGGGGCCGGAAACGGCGUUGACGCGGCGUCCUCGGCGGCGGCGGCGGGGCUGGUUGCGGCGGCGGCGGCGGCUUCGAGCGCGGGGAAGAGUGUUGUCGCCGCUGGCGGCGGUGCGGACGGCGUGGGGCUGGGCAAGCGCAGCCGAGGCUUCAGCGAGGGGGAUUCCGACAGACCCCGUCGCGACGCGAAGAGCGCGGGGCUUGCCCUGCCGGAGACGAUGGACGCUGACCAAGAGGAGCAGCUCCGGCAGCAGAAGGAGAUGCAGCGACUGGAGGCGAGAGUGAGGGAAGCCGCGGCUCGUCAGGCCAUGCCGGGGGCCGGGGUGGCGGCGGCGGCGGCGGCGGCCGGCGGGAAGCCGGAGGGGGAGGCCGAGAGGCGCAUGCGGGAGCUUUACGAGGAGAGGCUGAGGGAGUACGGGGAUCUGGCCACGGGGGACGAGAAGGAGGAGGAGGAGAGGGACACAGUGGAAGACGCCGAAGCUACCGGAGGCGUAAUCGACGGGGGCACGUGGGAACACCGCAAGAGGGCCAAGGAGAUGCUCAAGACGGCGGAGGGCGCGCUUAACGUCACCCUGCAGGCCAAGGGCGCGCAUCACAUGGGCCAGUACCUGCCGAAAGAUGAACUGGAGCGGUUCCUCAAGAAGUCGGGCAAGGCUGCGAAGGGCGAGGAAGCCGAGGCCGAGGAAGACUUCGAGAAGAACAAGCUGGCGGAGGACAACAUCGGCUUCCAGAUGCUCAAGAAGGCCGGUUGGACGGAGGGGAAGGGGCUGGGCAAGGAGGGGGAAGGCGCCGCGGUGCCGGUUAAUAUGGCGGCCGGCGCGGACGGGGCGGGCGUCGGGGUGAAGGAGACCCACGAGGUGACGGAGGGGGACAACGAGUUCGAGCAGUACCGGAAGCGGAUGAUGCUCGCUUACCGCUUCCGCCCGAACCCUCUCAACAACCCUCGGCGGUCUUACUACUGA